CCAGACUUCGGUAAUGAAUGUUUGACUCAAAUUAUUCAAAAAUAGUAACAAAUGUGUUCUUGCAUCACUGCGCAAGUGGACAGAGAGUAUAUCCAUAUUAAUGUGUGCUUGUUUGAAAGCCAUUCUGAUUGGUGCAUGAAUUUUUUAAAAAAUGUGACGUAACGAAAGUAGGGCGAGUGUGUUUGACGAUACUCGUGCAAAGUUCUAUCGUGCAAGUGAAGAUCUCGUUAAAAGUAUGAACCAGCUUAUUGAGGCUAACAAUGGCUUUUCUCGAAAACAAGAAAAUGGUGAAACUACGGAUGAUGUUAUUUUUGUGGAAAAUGAAACUUUACCUCACGUGAACAUUAAAAAUUCCGAACCCUUGCGGGGACAACCUCGUACACAGAAGUCCAUCGAUUUUCUUACCUUGACUGGCAAUGAUAACAGCAAUCUUGAUAACCCUAAUCAUAAUGAUAAUACAUGCGGGUGCUCAUCGAAUCGUGCAUAUUCAACGUCAUCAUUGCUGUCAUGCAAACCUGUGUGCAUCGAUGAAAAAAGUAAAUCAUCGGGCACUGAAUUGUGUGCAAGUGGAACUUCAAAUACUUGCAGCAAACUCAUAAGCAAUAGAAAUGGUGAAAGUUACGCUAAAACAAGAUCUAACAAUGACAACAAUGCCAACAUCGAUUUUCUGCUGUCUUCGUUUUAUUCAUUUUCGUCAUCUUCGAUGGUGGAUACUGAUGAAUCCCCUAGUGUGAACAGGUCCCACCCAAUAAUUGCUCAUAUUCUUACUGGCGAGGAUAAAAAUCUAGGCAAAGAUCAGUCGCGUUGCUCACCUGAUAGAAAUAAAUCUACAGGCCCUGUGGUCAAAGAUGUCUCGUUUCCCAUUGAGUGCCACGAAAAUUCUGACAAGAGUGACACGGAAGAUGAUGUGGAUUCUUUUAUUGAUGAAGCAAUCUGUAAGAAUUUGAUGGCCGAGAAACUUGAAGUCACUGGUGAAUGGGAAAUUGGAAAUCGUCUAGAAAGCCCAGCAAAUGUUUUACCAACGACACAGUCUUCUGAUCCUGUAUUAACAGAGAGACGGACAGUUUUAUCCCUUAUUAUUGCUGAUGGAAAAAUCGGCAGCGAACUGAAACAAGUUAUUUCACAGGCAAUGACAAAUGUAUCUUCUGUGAAAGUUGUCUCACCUACUGAAGCCCUUAACACUUGUAACACUGAAGAGUUCCAUCUUGUGUGGAUUCACAUCUUGCCUGAUUUAGUAGAGGAAUUUGUUUCUUUGUCUACUGCUAUCAGAUGCACCAGUAAAAAGAAUGGGAAGGCUAUUUUGAUUGCAUUAACAGAAAAAUCAAGUGAAGGGGAAGUGAAGCUUCAAAGUUUUGAUACUGUGCUUACUUUACCAAUUUCAAAAGAAACCAUUCAACAAAUGUAUAUAAAGCAACAAUGGAUAUUAGGCAAAGAUAUUUCAGAAUCUGAGAGAUCUAUAGUUUCACCUGCACUGAGUAUUGAAUCAAUUAGAACAAGUGAAAGAAGUCAAUCUUCUCAGUGUGAAAGUGGUACCGGCACAUUUGAUCUCAAUGACAUCCCAUUAAUGGAAAUCAAAAACUUAGCAUCAGAUUCUAAACUCUCAUCAAUGGUGGACAUGAACUCGUACAGAAAAAGAAGCAGUCCCAUGGAUGCAGGCUCCCCUGCCUGGUGCAGAGCUGAGCAUGCUAAUAAAGAAAAACAAAGAAGGGAGCGAAUAAAGGAUAGCUGUGACCAGCUUAGAGUGCUAUUGCCAUAUGUAAGAGGUAGAAAAACAGAUAUGGCAAGUAUACUUGAAAUGACUGUUGACUAUUUGAGAAUCAUUACAGCAGCAUUACCUCAGGAUUUUCAGUCACAGAUUAUAAACAUUAUGAGCAAUGGGAACUCUUUACCACCUUGUGAAAUAUACAAGAAAAACAAAAGUGUCAAGAUACCAACUCAAAACAUUUCCCCACUCAUCAAGCAAUCAUCGGCUGAUAAAAAAAACAAUUGUCAUCCACUACUAUUAAACCCUGAACCAAAAACCAAAUUCAGAAUAAUGACAAGGUCGGUAUCAAAGUCAGAGUCCUCACUACUGGAUGAUAGACAUUCUUCUGGCAGCGGUAAUGAAAAACAUAGUGAAACCCACACAAGUCUGUCUGGUUCACUUAAAAAAACAAAGACAAAGCUUUAUCAUGAUGUUGAUCAUGUUGUUAAAAGAGAAUGUCUGUCUACUGAGGGAAGCGGUGUUAAAAGAACAAAAGUUCAAGUUUUGCCAUCUUAUAUGGAACCGAUUCCAUCUAAAUCUGUAUGUCUGCCAACUUCUAAAGUUUCAACAUUACAAAAUACAAAGAAAGAAAUAUUUGGUGAAAUGGUGACUCAGGUUUCUAGCUUUCCAAACUUUUCAUUUCCACCUAAAGUCACUGACAGUGACAUGGCAGUCAGUCAUGUGUACACCUCAAGCCAAAUGGGUAAUGAUGUAUUUCAGUUGCAGCAGCACUCACAUGUUAACAAUCUGACAUCAGGAUUGGGACAUGGAGAGAGAGACGCAAGUCAGUUUGGUGGGUUGUUUAUGGAUGGUAAUUAUUACACCUACUUCCCAUUGGUAGAGAAUUCAAGUGCUGGUCUCUGUAUCCCAUCUAUGUCUGGGAAUUAUGUUAGUCCUACUGCAGUUUUAUCCAUGACAAAUAACCUAAAGUCUGGAAGUUUUGGUAUAGCAACAACUAAUGACCAAACUAUAAAUGAUACAGAACAAAUUAAAAUAAAUCCAGCAACUAAUUUGUUUAAUGUCUCUGUUGUUAAAAAUAAUAAUUUGUCAGGCCUAAAUUAAAUUUUUUCUUUAUUUCAUUACUUUUUUUUUUUUUUUUUUUGUUAAAUGCCUCUUAAAUUUUUUUAAAGUUUGAGUUGUAAUAAUUAAAAAUGUUGUUUCCAAUUUGUUUGUUUUAAAAAUGUAUUUCAUGCCAUUAUGUUGUGUAAUAUCUAUUUUUUUCCCUGUUUGAAAUAUCUAUAAUUAUCAAAACUUUUGGAUAUUAAUACUCAUUAAUAUAAUGGAGUCAUAGAUGUUCAAUGUAGUUCUUUAUUGAUUUGUAUCACAAAAUUGUACUUGUAUUGUGACCAAGAAUGAAAUAUGUGUAUUUUUAUUAAACUAUAACAUUUUAUUGUUGUUGUUUAAUCAAUU